AUGUGGUCCCUGGGAGAUUACGAUUACAAGUCAAUCGUCCAGAGCAAACGUGCAGAACGAACUCGCUUAAUAUCCGCGGCGCCUAAAUCCGGUUCAAAGCAAAAGGCCAUUUUAAGCGCUGGAACAACAGCACUCGUGGACGGCAUAAAAAAUGGCGAAUGGACUGCCACGGAAGUGCUGGAGGCCUAUAUUGCGCAAGCAGUAGUAGCUCACGAAAUGACAAAUUGCGCCACAGAAGUAUUAUUUGACCAGGCUCUGAGAACAGCGAGGACUCUUGAUGAGGAUUUUUCAUCAACAAAGCGUCUUCGAGGUCCCCUCCACGGUGUCCCAUUCAGUUUAAAGGUUGUUUUGGUCAGUGGGUAUGACGCUACCAUUGGCUUCACUCGAUGGGCAAAUCGACCGGCGACAUACAAUGCGGCGAUCGUAGAUCAACUGCUAUCCCUCGGUGCCAUCCCAAUAAUCAAAACCAACGUUCCACAAACUAUGUUCUCAUUUGAAUGCAACAAUCCUCUGUGGGGACGUACCACAAAUCCAUACAAUAGUAAAUAUACCUGUGGGGGUAGCUCUGGUGGUGAGGGCGCGCUGUUGGCCAUGGAUGGAGCUGUGUUCGGCGUAGGCACUGAUAGUGGCGGAAGUUUACGCAUGCCUGCGGCUUACUGUGGAAUUUAUUCGUUAAAGCCCACAUCUGGAAGAUUGAGUCGUUAUGGAGCCUGUAGCCCUGCUCCUGGUUUCGAGGCCAUCGACACUGUAUCAGGACCCUUGGCCCGUUCAGUAGAGGAUUUAGAAACUUUCUGCAGGCUUAUGUUUGGUCGCCCCCGUCUGGGUCUUGAUGAUUACCCCAUCCCGCUAUCCUAUCGGGAACCCAAAGUGAUUAAUAAACUACGGAUUGGAUAUUACAAAUCAGAUGGCCUCAUAAGGAGUUCACCGGCGAAUAGGAGAGCUGUCGAAGAAGCUGUCGCUGCCUUGAGGAAGCAAGGCCAUGAGUGCAUCGAGAUUGAAAUCCCAGACGCAACUGAGGCAAUGGAAAUAUUCCUGGCGCUCACCUCAGCUGAUGGAUACGAAAAGAUGACUAGCCAUCUUGGUCAAGAUCCUAUGGAUAAAAGUCUUUGGUUACCCGUAUAUGGCUCGCGGUUACCUGGAUUUCUUAGAAAACUGGCGGUUCAGGUGAUCAAACCAUUUGAUGCAAAAUUUGCCUUUUUAGUUGGUGCAAUCCGGAAGAAGUCUGUCAGGGAAUACAACAGUUAUAUUAGUAAAAAGAAUCAGUGGAACACUAUGUUUUACAAGGAGGUUUGGGAUAAACAUGCAUUAGAUGGGAUAAUUGCUCCAGUACAAGGACUGCCGCAAGUUCCUCAUGGUGGCGCCGAAGAUGUUGGUCUUCUUGCGAUUGGCACAAUUCUAUACAACGUUGUCGAUAGUCCCGUUGGCGUUCUUCCAGUCUCGCAUGUUGAUCCAUUUAAGGACCACCUGGAAGAUGCUUGGACCACAGAAAAAUACGGGGCAGUGACGGUCGACCAUGAGUUGUACAAGUCAAAGAAGCCACUAUAUGACCCGCAGGCUAUGGCUGGUAUGCCUAUCGGUAUACAGGUUGUCGGGAGGAAAUUCGAGGAUGAAAAGGUGAUUGCAAUGAUGCGAAUUCUUGAUCAGGCGUUAGGCAGUGAACGAGGAUUUGGACCGGGGAUCUUGAGCGCAAGAUUGAGGGCGUCAAAAGACUCAUAG